UGAAUCUGACCGUGGCAGUGACUCAUGCGUUCAUUCACGAGUCAAAUAAACGAAAGCGACGCGGUCUAGUCGUUGCCAUGUUCCCGCGCAUUUUACCUGUGUUCUUUGUUAUUUACGCGGCAAAAUGUACCUUACGAACAGACCAACAAUUCUGGACGGAGCUGGCUGAGAACGAGCUAGCUGAGGCUUUGCAAGUCAAAUGGAACCUUGGAGUCGCGAAGAACGUGAUCCUCUUCGUCGGAGACGGCAUGGGACCUAACACUGUGACGGCGACCAGGAUAUACAAAGGGGGAGAGAGUCACAGAUUGGUUUACGAGAAGUUUCCACAUGUUGGACUAUUAAAGACAUAUUCAGCUAACAAAAUGGUCCCAGACUCAUCGUGUUCCGCCACGGCACUGUUCUGUGGGGUCAAAGCCAAUCAAGAGACCAUAGGAGUGGACGCUAGUGUGAAGCACAAGGAUUGUUCUGCUUCGUUGAGGCCAGAAGCCAGGUUGAAGUCUUUAGCCUCGAUAGCUCUGAAAGCUGGGAAGAGUGCUGGUUUUGUGACAACUAUGCGAGUCACCCAUGCGACCCCGGGUCCCAUUUACGCCCACAGUGCUGAUCGUAAAUGGGAAUGCGAAGACAAAAUGCCUGCUAGCGCUGCUGCUUGCAAGGAUAUCGCGAGGCAACUUGUGGAAGACUGGCCCGGAAAAGACUUGCAGGUAAUCCUUGGUGGAGGCAGACAGGUCCUUGUAUCGAACAGCACAGGUACUAAAGAAGAUCCAUUAGAUACGUGGUCUUGCAUCAGAAAGGACGGUAAGGAUCUCAUAAAAGAAUACCAGAAGGACAAACACGACCGCGGCUUGAGAUAUAGCUAUGUAUCAAAUAACAAGCAGCUUAAAGGAUUCGAUGUUGACCAAACCGAUUAUCUUUUGGGAAUCUUUGCAAACGGGCAUCUAAAAUAUGAACACGAAAGAAACAAAGGUCCAGAAGGUAUGCCUUCGAUAUCCGAUAUGGUUGAAGCCGCCAUCAAAGUGUUACGGAAAAAUAAAAACGGAUACUUUCUUAUGGUAGAAGGCGGCAAUGUGGACAUGGCCCACCACCGGGGCUGGGCCAAGCGCGCCGUCGACGAGUCCGCGGCCCUCGAGGGCGCCGUGCGGCUCGCGGCUGCGCACACCGACCCCCGGGACACGCUGCUCGUCGUCACCAGCGACCACACGCACACGCUCUCCAUCAACGGCUACCCCUACAGGGGCACUGAUAUAUUUGGCAUAGCCCAAACUUCAAAAUACGACAACGUGAACUACACGACGCUGUCAUACGGCACCGGAGGCCCGGGCUCCAUGAAGUACUCCGUGAAAACCGAACACAACAGGACCGUGGCCGCCAGAGAAGACCCCGGCGUCAACACCGACAGCUUCGACUACCAGCAGAUAGCGGCCAUCACUCUGGACGAGAACAGCCACGGGGGCGGAGACGUGGUGGUCUACGCGCGAGGUCCCCACGCUCAUCUGUUCCACAACGUGCACGAGCAGCAUUACGUGUACCACGCGAUAUCGUACGCCGCCAAAAUGGGCGCCUACUCCGGAACCAGCGCCAUCUAUACCAACAUUUCGUUGUUAGCAAUCGCCGCCUGGGUUGCCAUAUGUAUAAUGAAAUAAACGUUUCCUUUUUAACACA